AUGGCGUUCAAAUUCGUUCUCCUGGCCACUUUGGUCGCUGCUGCCAGCGCUGGUCUGCUUCCGGCUGCUCACCAUGGCAUUGCCACGUCGCACUCCACCAUCCAGCAUCAUGCUGCCCCCUCCGUCCACCACGUCGGAGCCAUCCACGCCGCCCCGGCUGUGUACCAUCAUCAACCCACCAUCGUCAAGACCAUCGCUCAGCCCACGAUCCUGAAGUCCUAUGGACAUCAUGAUGACCACUACGACCACCAUGCUCCGGCCAACUACGAGUUCUCGUACUCCGUCCAUGACGAGCACACCGGAGACAUCAAGAGCCAGCACGAGACGCGCCACGGAGAUGAGGUCCAUGGCCAGUACUCGCUGUUGGACUCCGACGGCCACCACCGCGUCGUCGACUACCACGCCGACCACCACUCCGGAUUCAACGCCGUCGUCCGUCGUGAACCCACUGGAGUGAAGAUCGCCCAGCCAGUGCACAAGGUGAUCGCUCAGCCCGUCCAUGUCUCCAGCUACGCCCAUGCUCCGGUAGCUCACGCCACCAUCCAGCAUCAUCAUGCUGCCCCGAUCGCCCACCAUGUUGCCCCGAUCGCCCACCAUGUUGCCCCGAUCGCACAUCAUGCCGCUCCGAUCGCGCACUCUUCCUCCACUACAAAAAUGGCGUUCAAAUUCGUUCUCCUUGCCACUUUGGUCGCUGCUGCCAGCGCUGGUCUGCUUCCGGCUGCUCACCAUGGCAUUGCCACGUCGCACUCCACCAUCCAACAUCAUGCUGCCCCCGCCGUCCACCACGUCGGAGCCAUCCACGCCGCCCCGGCUGUGUACCAUCACCAGCCCACCAUCGUCAAGACCAUCGCUCAGCCCACGAUCCUGAAGUCCUAUGGACAUCAUGAUGACCACUACGAGCACCAUGCUCCGGCCAACUACGAGUUCUCGUACUCCGUCCAUGACGAGCACACCGGAGACAUCAAGAGCCAGCACGAGACGCGCCACGGAGAUGAGGUCCAUGGCCAGUACUCGCUGUUGGACUCCGACGGCCACCACCGCGUCGUCGACUACCACGCCGACCACCACUCCGGAUUCAACGCCGUCGUCCGUCGUGAACCCACUGGAGUGAAGAUCGCCCAGCCAGUGCACAAGGUGAUCGCUCAGCCCGUCCAUGUCUCCAGCUACGCCUAUGCUCCGGUAGCUCACGCCACCAUCCAGCAUCAUCAUGCUGCCCCGAUCGCCCACCAUGUUGCCCCUAUCGCCCACCAUGUUGCCCCGAUCGCCCACCAUGUUGCUCCGAUCGCCCACCAUGUUGCUCCGAUCGCACAUCAUGCCGCUCCAAUCGCGCACUCUUCCUCCAGCAUCGUCCAUGGAGCCAGCCACCUUAGUCAUCAUCAUUACUAA